UAUUCUUCAUACAAUACUUCGACUUUAAUCACGAAACACAAAUCCAACCUGCUUCAUAAUAUUUUUUUCUAGAAAUCACAUUUUAAACCUUCUUGAAACUUCUACUUUAUUCUACAACAAAGAGGAAAACUUAAUUCCCCUCCAAAUGUUAUUGUUUUUCUCCAAGACAGCCUAAUUCUCAAAAGAUGCAAUACAAUAUCUAUUAAGUAUUUCUUAGUAAGUAUUUCAGUUGAACACGCAUUGUUUAUUUCUUGGUUCGGUAAACGGGUCCUGAGAAGCCACGCCCACAGAAACAUCUGCGCCUUCCAGCUGCCACCGCCACCAGUAUGGAGGUAAAUUUACCUCCAUACACCAGUUAAACCAUCACACCGCCUCUCAGGACCUCGAACGUCAUCACAUACGUCAUCAACACGAGACUCGAGGCGCGCUUCACAGAAAUCUUCCUGGAUUUUCCUCGACCCACUGGACACAUCAGUAGUAAAAAUGUCUCCAGUUCAGCCCCAGAGAGAGACGAUCGACGAGCAGUUAACUCCUGCUGAAGAAACAUUCACUGAGUUUAAAGGAAUCAUCGUCAAGACCGAGGAAGAGCUCGAUGGUCAGCGCAGACUGCUGGAUUUCAGCCGGAUUCCCCUGAUCAUUUUACACAGAAUAGAUUUCUCUCAAUAUUAUGUAUGUAAAGAGGAGGGGGUUCCCACUGAGCUCAGCAACCAGGAGGGGAACUCCACUUUAAAUCAAGAGGGAUCAGAACCUCUGCAGAUCAAACAGGAGCAAGAGGAACUGGAACAUCAACAGUUCAAAGAGGAAGAUGAGGAACUCUGCAUCAGUCAGGAUAAAGAGCAGCUUGUGCCAAAACAGGAGACUGAUGACAUUUUAGUGAUUCCUUCUAAUGUGCAAAUAACCCACAAUGAAACAGAACCAAAAAGGAACCAAAUCAUCUUUCAGGCCUCUCCUGAAGUUGACAACCAAGAUCAAGACCCUGGAGAAAACAGAGAUGAAGAGCAGAAACAAAAUGAGAAAUGCCAGAAAACCAAACAGCAGAAAGGAGCCUGUGACAGUUCAACACACUGUAAAAUUUGCAACAAAAUCUUUACUACAAAAAGUCGCUUGACUAGACACAUGAGAUCUCACACAGGUGAAAAGCGUUUCACAUGUAUGAAGUGUGGAAAGGGUUACAUUGAAAGAAGUAGUUUAACUUAUCAUUUGAGAACCCACACAGGCGAGAAUCCUUCCUCGUGUGUGACAUGUAAAAGACGUUUCAGAAACAGAUCUUGUUUAAAAAGUCACAUGAGAACUCACAGAGGCGAGAAUCCUUUCUCAUGUGUGUCCUGUAAAAAAAACUUCAGAAACGGUUCUCAUUUGGCACGUCACAUGAGAACUCACACAGGUGAGCAGCCUUUCUCAUGUACAAUCUGUGAAAAAAGGUUUAAUAAUCGAAGCGGUUUAACUAGUCACAUGAGAAGUCACACAGGCGAGCAGCCUUUUCCAUGUACAACCUGUGGAAAAAGGUUCACCAGUAGAGGCAAUUUAACUUGUCACAUGAGAAUUCAUACAGGGGAGAAGCCUUUCUCAUGUACAACCUGUGAAAAAAGGUUUACCAGUCGAAGCAGUUUAACUAGUCACAUGAGAAUUCAUACAGGUGAGAAGCCUUUCUCAUGUAUUACUUGUGAAAAAUGUUUCAGUAAGAAAAACCUUUUAACUAUUCACAUGAGAACUCACACAGGCGAGAUGCCUUUCACAUGUACAACCUGUGAGAAAAGGUUCCAUAGUCAAAGUGGUUUAAAAAGUCACAUGAGAAGUCACACAGGCGAGAAGCCUUUCUCAUGUAUAACUUGUGAAAAAUGUUUCAGUAAGAAAGACCUUUUGACUAUUCACAUGAGAACUCACACAGGCGAGCAGCCUUUCUCAUGUACAACCUGUGGCAAAAGGUUCACCAGUAAAGGCAAUUUAACUAGUCACAUGAGAAGUCACACAGGUGAAAAGCCUUUCUCAUGUAUUAUUUGUGAAAAACGUUUUCGUAAGAAAAACCUUGUAACUAUUCACAUGAGAACUCACACAGGUGAGCAGCCUUUCCCAUGUGCAACCUGUGGUAAACGGUUCACCAGUAGAGGCAAUUUAACUUGUCACAUGAGAAUUCACACAGGUGAGAAGCCUUUCUCAUGUAAAACCUGUGAAAAAAGGUUCAACAGUAGAGGCAAUUUGACUCGUCACAUGAGAAGUCACACAGGUGAGAAGCCUUUCUCAUGUAUUACUUGUGAAAAAUGUUUCAGUAAGAAAACCCUUUUAACUAUUCACAUGAGAACACACACAGGUGAGAAGCCUUUCUCAUGCACGACCUGUAAAAAAAAGUUUAAUAGUCAAAGUGGUUUAACUAAUCACAUGACAAGUCACACAGGCCAGAAGCCUUUCUCAUGUAUAACUUGUGAAAAAGGAUUUGGUAAAAAAGACCUUUUAACUAUUCACAUGAGAACUCACACAGGCGAGCAGCCUUUUCCAUGUAGGACCUGUGAUAAAAGGUUCACCAGUAGAGGCAAUGUGACACGUCAUGAGAAGUCACACAGAUCAAAAGCCUUUCUCAUGCAUAACUUGUGAAAAAGGAUUUAGUAAACAAGACCUUUUAACUAUUCAAAUGAGAACUCUCACAGGUGAGAAGCCUUUCUCAUGUACGGCUUGUGAAAAAGGUUCACCAGUAGAGGCAAUUUAACUUGUCACAUGAGAAUUCACACAGUUGAGAAGCCUUUCUCAUGUACAACCUGUAAAAAAAUGGUUCAAAAGUAAAGGCAAUUUGACUCGUCACAUGAGAAUUCACACAGAUGAGAAGCCUUUCUCAUGUACGACUUGGGAAAAAGGUUCACCAGUAGAGGCAAUUUAGUUUUUCACAUGAGAAGUCACACAGGUCCAGUGACAUAAUGUGAACCUAUCAAGUCAUCAAGGUGCUCUAUAAUGAACAUUCUUUAUAUGUUUGCAAAAACCUGCUAAACACACAUUGUAUAACUUCUAGUUUCCAUUACACUCACGGAUGCUGAACAUAUGCAAAUGAAAACAUUGUACACACCAUUUUUGCACCGAGUCGGCGUCUCCUCUUUCGUAUUAAGAGUAAGUUAUGGAUGCUCUCGUUUUGCAUUAAAAGGAAUAUUGUGUGCAGCUUGGUAAGCUCCAUUAUCUCGCUACCCCGCUUCCCUCACGUUGUGUAAUGAAGGAAAUACUUCUAAUUAUAUGAUGACAACAACACAGACAUCAGGUUAUCAGGAUGAUACCUGAGAUGUUUUAUAUAAUUAUUUUCAUUUAAAUAUCUUCAUUGACUUCAUUCUUGUAAAAGCAAUUCUGAAUUGUAAGGGUUUUUUACCUUCAUUAUUUCUCCCUGUCAGCUAUGUUUUCUCUUAAAUCAGUUUUGUUGUUUUACCUCUCACACUGUUUUUAAAAUCCCUGUGAGUGUCUCAUUAAAUAUUCAGGUAUUUCAAGGAAA